GCAAUUUGGCGCCAAAAAAACCGUCGAAUCGCAUAAUGGCAUCGGUGAUCGGCACUCGGCAGUCGCCUGUGACAAAUGACAAAUGACGACUCUAAAGUUAGUUUAAUCUUAACCGUCCGCUACGCGUAACGCAAUCGACGUCGAACUUUUUCGUCAAGACGGCAAGUGAUCAUCCUACAACACUUACACCAAAAUUGUAAGUGUUUUUUUUUAAUUUCUCACCGAAAUCGUUAAGGUUUUUCGUCACGCAACGUUGUCGUACUCACCGUCAUAUUUUCUUUUUACACCUACUAUCUCUGUAUCCAACGUAAGAGAUAAUCUUGUUCGGCGGUAUCAAAAGCACAUGGUCUUGACGGACCCGUAAAAACGAAAGUUUUGUUAUUCACCGACCAUACCUAACCGUAUGACAUAAGUUUGUCGGAUACGCUGCGUUUUCCGUACAGUAUCAUUUCAGUGCGCUAUCGAGCUUGUCGAGUGUUGACGAAUUAUAAAAUAUAAUAUAAUCGUAUUGACAUUCAACAUGUUUUUCGUAUCGGUAAAGAAGUCUGAAAAGGAACUAGAAAAGUUGAGCGAGUACGAACGCGAGAGACUUAAGAACAUAGCAGAAAUAGAACUUCAAUUUGCUGACUCAUUAGAUACAUUACAAAAGUCUGCUAAUGAAUUAAAAACUUCUAAAAUUAAUGCUGCAAAACGACGUGCUAAAAGCAAGAAGCCCAAAUUCGAUUCUGAAACUGACAAAGAUACUGAUCGUGUACACUUUGUGAGACGUUCAUCUCGUAUUAUUCAAGAAAAAAGACAAUCAACAAAUUAUAACGAACAAAGUGAUGAUGAAAAUGAUAAUGACAGAAAAAAACUUAAACAAGGAUCAUUAAAAAUCAAGUUUCGUUGGUUUAAAUCAAGUGAAUAUCAAAAAUCAGAUGAAUUGUAUUAUAGUUCACUUGCUGAUUCCGAUUUUAUUAAUGAUGGUGAUGAAGAAUAUGAAUCUGACUAUGAGUCAUCUGUACCUGGAUCAAAAAGGAAGCGUAAAACAUUUACUCCACGUUUGGCUGUUUCUCAAGUAACACCAGAAAUGAUAGAAAAUAUUUCAUAUUCUUCUUCAGGAAAAGUAUAUAGCCAAUCUGGUACAACUUGUCACCAAUGCAGACAAAAAACUGCAGAUCAGAAAUCAUAUUGUCGGUACAAGGGAUGUAGUGGUAUGCGAGGAACCUUUUGUGGAUUUUGCUUGGGAAGAAGAUAUGGAGAAAAUGUUGCUACUGUUUUACUUAAUCCGAAAUGGGCGUGUCCACCAUGUCGUGGGUAUUGUAACUGUAGUAUUUGCAGACGAAGGAAAGGAAUGGCCCCUACUGGCCAAUUGGCACAACAAGCUUUGGCAGGAGGAUAUGAAUCUGUAAGGCAUAUGUUAAAUUGCAUAGAAGGCGAGGAACCAGAAGUUGCGGACUUGGAAUUUGAUGAUGAAGAUAAUCAGAAUGAACCAGAUAAAAAUAAAACUGCUGAGGAUGAACAAAACAAUCUUGAAACUAAACAUGAAAAUGACAAUGUGUCAGAUGAAGUUAAAUUCAGUGACAGUGAUGAAGCAAGCAACUCUGCUAAUCAUGAAGAUAAAUGUGCAACUGAAAAUCAAGAUACGGAUGAAAUGAUUAUUGACAAACUGUAUAAGCAAUUAAUAUCAGAAGAUUAAUUAAACAGACCAAAUAUUAAUCUAAAGAAAAUACAAAAAUAUUGUAAACAAAAGGUAACAAAAAAAAAAAAAAAAAUAAUAUUUAUUUACUUACACUAUUUAAAAAGGUAGCAUUUAUUUUCAGCAGUAUUAUUAAUUUAAUUGUUAUUUAUUCCCAACAUUUUUUAUCAUUUAUUAAUUUUUUGUAAUUUUUUUGUAUAUUGUCAAGAAGUUAGACUAAAUUGAUGAUAAUUACCUAAAUCGAUAUCCUACUUUUGUUAAUUAUUAUUAAUGGUGUUACAAAAUACACUGGAUGUUCAAUUGAAUUCUUAUUUAUUUACAAAUCUAAACUGAUUAAACUAUUAUUUUAUAAGAAAGUUAAUUUUAUUUGUUUAAAAGUAUUAUAUUUAGUUAUUAAGAUAAUUCAUUUUUUUGCUUUAUGUCACGUACAAUUAAUCAAUAACCAAUGUAAUUUUCAUAUGGAAGUACCAAAACAUUUUUAUUUUACUGUAUACAAAUUUGUUUAAUGUAACUAAUUAGCCUAUUGCUAUAUAUUUAAUUUUUAUUUAUACAUUUCAUAAUACUAUAACUUUUUGUUAAGUUUCAUCAUUAUUAUACUGGCAAUAAAUG